AUGUAUCCACUCUCCAUUUCUGUGUUCGUCGCUGCCAGCUCUGUGCUUCGAAUUGCUGUAGCAGCAACCAUUCCCAUCGUCUCGUGUAGCGUCAAUCAGCCACAACUCUUCACAAACCCCAGCUUCGAAGAAGGCAGCUUCGCCGGCUGGACAAUAAACUUCAAUGGCGCCAAUGCCGCUGUUGUCGAUGCAGACUCUUUGAGUUCACCCUUUUCGACCGCCGCGGACGGCCAGUAUUACAUCAAGACAUACGAUUCUGCUAUUCGCGGUGGAGAUGAGCUUUUUAUGUCUCAGACGGUGGAUGGGCUCGAUACUAGCACGAUCUACACCAUUACUUACUCUAUCGCCGGGAUACCUAACGGUCUCAGCUCCCAGGAUUGUUAUGUGUACAUUUUCAAGGACGGUCAAACCAAUGCCAAUCUGCUGGUCGAGAAUGUAACUACUAUGGGUGCGAACGGGCUGCCGUGGACACAAUAUUCACUGGAUUUUACGCCUACGGCUACUAGUCAUCUCAUUUUGUUCGCGCUAGAGUGUGAUUCGACUGAAUAUUAUGUUGGCUUUGAUAAUAUCCAGUUCCUAGCACCCGCGACGACGGCUUGCUCGACUUCGUAUUCUACAGUGGCUGCUUCGACUCCGACUCCUUCUCCUUCUUCUUCUUCUUCUUCUUCUUCUUCUUCUUCUUCUUCUUCUUCUUCUUCUUCUUCUUCUUCUUCGCAGGCUGUCGUUAUUGCUUCAUCCAGUUCUGCGGUUGUAACUACUGCACCUGUCAGCACACCUACUCCAAGUCUGGCCUCGUCUAGUGCCGUGGUUUCAUCAAGCGCUGCUAUACCGCCGAAUGCUGCCGUCACAUCAGGAGCCAUCUCCAUGGUCUCACCAUCCACAACCCCAACACCCAGCAGCACAAUCAUCAGCUCCGAAACUGUGCCCACCACGACUGACAUUCCUGCGCCUGAUGACGACGAGGAUGACGGAUGUCCUGCUGAGUAA